AUGACUGCAAAAAAGAGUUAUAAAACGGUCUUACUCGGAGACGCCUCUGUAGGCAAGUCGAGUUUUGCGGUAAGGCUAACCCGAGGGGAGUUUUCAGACAGCACAAACUCAACAAUCGGAGCAGCAUUCUUCACCCAUACUGUACGUUGCAACACACAAGGAUCGAAGGGAGUUGCUGAUACAGCAGCAGCUUCAAGAGAAAGGAACGCUAAGAGGACUGUUCCAAUAGCGACAUCUUCUGAUGACGCUCCUGCGGAGCAGGUUGCUGUCAAAUUUGACAUCUGGGACACGGCCGGACAAGAGCGCUUCAAGAGUAUCGCACCCAUAUACUACCGUGGCGCAGCAUGCGCAAUAGUUAUCCUUGAUAUAUCGUCGCCGCCAAGCCUGCAACAUGCUGUCUCGUGGGUUGACCAGAUUAGAGUCGCGAACUCCAACCAAACACUCGUCGUUCUAGUAGCCAACAAAGUAGAUUUGCUUGGUUCUAAAGAGGAACAUGAACAAACACUCGCUAACGCAAAGGCAUAUGCUAAAGAAAACUCGCUCAUGAUUGUAGAAACAAGUGCCAAGACAGGGCAGAAUAUUUCUGCAGUCUUUGAACUGCUAGCACAGGAAAUUCUGCGCAACCCAAAAAGAUAUGAAAAACCAUCAACCUCGAACGCUGCGCGUGCGCUCAACGUAGAUGAAUCGAGGUCCCGUAUGUUAAAAUUAAAAUGCUGUGACAGUCUGUAA